CCCGGAUGUGGGUAAACCGCGGCGCAUGAUGAUGCUGUAGAUGUCAAAUGUGGCUUCCCCCCCCCGAUGAGUGUCUGUCAGCAGCUCACAAGCCUCUGAAAACACGUUGCACCUGAAAUCAUGGCUCUGAAUCAUCUGAGCCGGCUGAGACCUCUGCUGAGUCAGUCCCUGGUUCGACAGCUCAGGUCUCCUCUGGCGGCAGCAUCCAGGGUCAGUGCGGCGCCGCGGUGCCCCGACAUCACCGGUUACCCUGCUGCAUGCACCAGACUCUACGCCACCAAAAAGGCGAAAGCCAAGGCAAAGGGCCAGUCGGCGAAGGUGAAUAUUAAUUCAGCUCUGGUGGAAGACAUCAUCAGUCUGGAUGAGGUGAAGGCGGACAUGUCAGCUGUUCUCAAUGCGCUCAAAGACGACUUCACACGCAACCUCAGCAUCCGAACCUCUCCAGGAGCUCUGGAUCACAUUGUGGUGACGACUCAAGAUGGAAAGUUUCCUCUCAACCAGCUGGGUCAGAUCUCCAUGAAAUCACCUCUGCUCAUUAUGGUCAACAUGAGCAGCUUCCCUGAGGCUACAGCGGCUGCCACCAAUGCCUUGAGAGAGAGUGGAAUGAAUCUAAAUCCAGAGGUGGAUGGGACAAUCAUCAAGGUGCCCGUUCCCAAAGUGACGCGGGAACACAGAGAGAACCUCACUAAACUCGCCAAGCAGUUCAGCAACAAGGCCAAAGACUCACUGAGGAGAGUGCGAUCCAACGCUGUCACACAGGUGAAGAAGGCGAAGGAGGGACACUCGGAGGACACCAUACGUCUCGUAGAGAAACAGAUUCAGCUGAUGGCGGACAACAUGGCAGUGGACAUCGACAAACAGGUUGCAGCCAAGACUAAGGAGCUGUUAGGCUGACGGUGACGGUAAAAUGAAACACACAGGCCGUCUCAUUUGGUUGCAGACAAACUUACAGGACAUACACAACAACAACAGCAACAUGUGACUGUGUUGAUAACAGACAGUGACUGGAUCACAUUGAGGAGGUAGUUUCAUUAAAAUUCCCAUCACAAACACGUCUUGGGUCCAGUGGUACGUGUCGGGUUCUCCCAGCAGCCACUGGGCUUCGGUUCCUUCUCACAUCACGAGCAGAGAUCGUCUCGUCGCUGCUGGGUUGUAUCUGUGUUUAACCGUCGCUGCAUAAACACAGAUUGGCACGGAAACAACAACAACAAGGACAGACUGCCAGUCACCUCCCUCCUCCCUUGUUACCCGUCCUGUCUUCAAACAAAACUCGGAGCGAGGGACGAAUAGACUUUUAAUGGGAUUUGCGGGCCUCCUCCUAAUCAAACCCUCCGCCACAAGGGCUGUCUGUUUAUAUAAAACAAGCGCACCCGUCUGAAUGUAAACUGGCUGUGGGUUUGUCUCGGUGGCGAGAGAAGGAGUUUGUUCCAGAGACGCAGGAGCCAGCUGAACUGAUAUCAUUAGCGUGUUGCCAAACAUUUGUUUCACAUUGAUUCGAAGUCUGUUAAAGAUGCACUUGAGGAAGAAGGAAAAAAAAGCUCUGUAAUUUCUGCCCAUGUCGAGGAUUGAUAAUAUGGCUACUCUCUUUUAAAUACAAUAACGUCAGGGAAGUAACAUUAUUGAUGGACUCCAUUAAAGAAACACUGCUUUGUA